GAUAGGAUAGGAUAGGAUAAGUACAGUAAAGGAUGGAAUAGCUAACUCCACCGUAUCAAUUUAAAGGAAAUUUAUAUGUUCGAAUUCCUAGGUGUUGGUGUAGAUAAUGACAAAAUCUUAGUAUUGGGAGCAACAAACUUACCAUGGAUAUUGGAUUCAGCUAUACGUCGAAGGUUUGUUCCAUUGAAGGAUAUUAUAUGCAUGAUAAGUCGAUUUUUGUAAGUCAUUACGUACUCCCAUAUACAAUUUUGUGUACUAACGUUUUCAGCCAAUUAAAACGUUCAUUCGACUUCUUUGAUAUCGGAAUCGGACAAAUUCUGACAAACUUGAAAUUUCCGAUUAUGUCACGAUCGGUUAAUAACUGGGUUUUGGGCAUCUACUCUCGAUAUAACUAAAUGUAGAAGGGUUUUAUAGAUGGUAAUUUCGAGUGUGGAUCAUAAUGGAUUAUUUGCAUUAUAGACUAAAUUUUGAUCUAGACAAAAAUUUUAUCACAGCUUGAAAGAGCAUCACAAAAUUAGUAAUAUUCCAAAGUUUCGUUGCGAAAUGUUGUAAAAUGCGGAAAAUCCAAGGCUAUAUUAUCCGCAUUUUACAACAUUUCGCAACGAAACUUUGGAAUAUUACUAAUUUUGUGAUGCUCUUUCAAGCUGUGAUGAAAUUUUUGUCUAGAUCAAAAUUUAGUCUAUAAUGCAAAUGGUCCAUUCAGUGGUGGCUAAAUUACUUUGAAUUUGUACUCGAGUAAAAGUAGAAGUAAUUAACAAUAAAACGACUUGAGUAAGAGUAAAAACUACUGGAGGCAAAACGUACUUAAGUAAAAAGUACAAAGUAUCCUUAAAAAAUACUUGAAGUAAAAAGUAAAAGUAAAAGUACUAUUGUCUGUAGCGUGUAAGGGGGGGGGGACUUCUCCGAUGGAUUGACAUACAAAAGGCACAAAACAGCACACGCAUUAUAUGCGUGCACCUAAUAUACAAUAUUUCAUGGCAUGGUCUACUUUGCAGACCCCGUUUAAGAUAUAAGAAAUCCAUUAAAUAAAUAAUGUUUAUAAGUAAGUCACAAACGAGAGAUCCCAGACGCUUGUAGAGGUCCUAUUACCUAUCCCAAAAUUAAAAUAAAUCCGGAAUAAAUCACAUAAAAUAAAAACAAAAGUUAGAAAGUAACGAAAUACGUACAUACUUCGCCACAAAAUGAGAAUAACCAAGUAAAACGUUACUUCUUAAAACGACUUCGUUCCAAGUAAAAGUACUCCAGAAAAAGUUUACUUUGUUAUCAAUAAAUAUUUAAAAAUAGUACUCAAGUACAGUAACGAAGUACAUUUACUUCGUUACUUGCUAUUCUUUCGAUUGCAGUCAGAGGACCUAUAUGAUUGCAUUUUCCGCAAUUGCUCCUGGUUAGGCUUAAAAUGUAUAAAAUUCAUCUAGAAAACCUACGAUGUAUAUAAACCCAAAUAUAUAUAUUUGCUGCCAACGCAAUAAUCUGCGUCACUGUCAUUUGUUUCGAACAGAUUUGAGAAACGGAUAUACAUUCCUCUGCCGGAGGUGUCAGCAAGAGUGAAAAUGUUUGAACUUCAUAUUGGGAAAAGUGGACAUGAGUUAAACGCAAACGAUUUUAAAGAUCUAGCAAGAAAAAGUGAGGGGUAAGUCUCAAAC